UGUGUUGUCUGAGAAUUAAGAAGCAGCAGCAGUAGGUUGAAAGAAGUAGUGGAAGAGCAAAUAUUUGAAGGGCAUGGCGGUGAAGACGCGCGAGAAUCCCAUGGACACAGGCAAAGAUAUUAUUACCAACAAAAGUAAAAACGAGAUCUUUGCUUCUUGUUCUUUCUCCAGUAUUGGCCUUCACCCUACCUUAUGCGAACAGCUCCGAGAAAGGCUGGGUUUUGAAGUCCCUACACAAGUGCAGGCUCAAGCAAUUCCGACCAUUCUAUCCGGCCGUCAUGUACUUGUUAAUGCCGCAACAGGCACUGGCAAAACGGUUGCUUAUUUGGCUCCAGUUAUUCACCACUUGCAGAACUACAAUCCUCGAAUUCAGCGGUCUGAUGGAACUUUUGCGUUGGUUCUUGUACCAACGCGUGAGUUAUGCAUGCAGGUGUAUGAAAUUCUGCAGAAGAUAUUGCACCGAUUUCAUUGGAUUGUUCCAGGUUACAUAAUGGGUGGUGAAAACAGAUCAAAAGAGAAAGCCAGGUUGCGCAAAGGCAUAUCUAUUCUUGUUGCAACUCCUGGACGACUCUUGGAUCACCUAAAGAACACAACAUCAUUCUUGCACACAAAUUUGCGAUGGAUAAUUUUUGAUGAAGCAGAUAUGAUUCUGGAAUUAGGAUUUGGCAAAGAAAUAGAAGAAAUUCUAGAUAUUUUGGGUUCUAGGCAACAUGACUCCACUAGCAUGAAUAAUUCAGCCUCAAGUGUGUCUGAAUUUCCGAGGCAGAAUUUGCUUUUAUCAGCUACACUAAAUGAAAAAGUAAAUCAUCUUGCUAAAAUUAGUUUAGAGAAUCCUGUUAUGGUUGGUCUUGAAGACAAAAGGAUGCAGCCUAUAUCAUCACCAGAGGAUUUAGGAUCUGCAGGAUCUGAUAUGCAUGACAUGGGACAGCCAUUAAAAAUAACAAGCCCUUCUGCUGGAGAUUAUAUACUUCCAGCGCAAUUAAUUCAGAGAUAUGUAAAAGUACCAUGUAAUUUACGGCUCGCUGUACUUCUUUCCAUUCUAAAGCAUCUUUUGGAGAGAGAAGCAUCCUCAAAGAUUGUGGUAUUCUUUUCAACAUGUGAUGCAGUGGAUUUUCACUACUCAUUGUUGAGUAAAUUCCAAUAUUCACAACCAGAGGCAGAAGUAAAACAGAUGUUUCUUAAAUGCAAAACUUUCCGGUUACAUGGUAAUAUGAAGCAGGAGGAUCGAAGAAUCACGUUUCAGGCUUUCAAGGCGGAGAAGUUUGCUCUUCUUUUUUCCACAGAUGUUGCUGCUAGAGGGUUAGAUUUUCCAAAAGUUAAAUGUAUCAUACAGUACGAUUCUCCAGGCGAGGCUACUGAAUAUGUGCACAGGGUUGGUAGAACUGCUCGGUUGGGCCAAAAAGGAGUCGCAUUGUUAUUUUUACAGCCUGUUGAAAUGGAUUAUUUACAGCACUUGGAGAAGCAUGGUGUGCCGCUAACAGACUACCCUCUCCUCAAAGUGUUGGAUGGUUUCUCAUCCUAUGUUCAGAAGCACCAUAGAAAGAAAUUUAUUUUCAUAGAGUCGCAUCCUUGGGUUCUAUCUUUGCAGAAGGCACUUGAAGCAUUUAUCUUAGCUGAGUCAAAUAUGAAGGAGCUGGCAAAGAAUGCAUUUUGCUCUUGGGUUCGAGCAUAUACUGCCCAUCGUGGUGAGCUAAAAACAAUCUUUAUGGUAAAGAAGCUUCACUUAGGGCAUGUUGCAAAAAGCUUUGCACUCAAAGAACAACCCUCCUUGGUUGGAAAAUCAUUCCAGAAGGAAACAAAAAAGAGGAAGAGAAACGAAAAGCAAAAGGGGUUAUCAAAAAAGAGGAAGGUAAUUAGUAAAACUUGAUUCCAGAGCCCACACGAAGGGUUUAUUGAGGUGAGAGAAGCACAAUUGGAGAAGCUUUAUUCUGGUGGGUCAUUGUCUUGUAAGCUAUAGUAAAAGUUCACAAAGAUGCUUUCUUUACUUUUGUUUUUUUUUGGUGUAAUCUGGUGGUAAUGAGCUAACUUUAACUAGAUGGAAGCUGAGUGUGAAGCACAACAUAUGUGGAUUACGAUGUUGUGGCUGUCUAUUGUUGCAUUUGCUUAGAUUAGAAAUGGUACGAGGUUAAUUACCCUAGUCCUUUGAGAGUUGGUAUUCAGAUUCGGCUGUAAAAAAUUUGACUUUAAGCAAUAGUUUUGAAAUGAAACAGUACUUUGCAAGCGAA